GACGAUUGCAGCUGGGCCGGACUCUUCUCCUUCCAGGACCUCCGGGCCGUCCACCAACAACUGUGCUCCGUCAGCGGGGAGCUGGAGCCGUGCCUGCCCUCCUUCCCCGAGGAGCCGUCCGCCGUCUGGUCGGUGCUGUUCGGGCCCCCGGAGCUCAGCGAAGACGAUGUGGAGGAACUGUGCCGCCGCCUGCAGCUCUACCUGGGCCAUGCCCUGGACACAUGUGGCUGGAGGAUCCUCUCCCAGCUCCUCUUCACCGAGAACGACGACCCCGAGGAGUACUAUGAGAGCCUCAGCGAGCUCCGCCACAACGGCUACGAAGAGGUGCUCAGUCGGGCCCGCCGGGGGCUGCACGAGCUGCUGGAAAAGCACAAAGUGACAGAAAACAUGGUUGACCUACUGCAGUUGUAUCAGAUGGAAGAUGAUGCUUACAAUGCUGUUGUAGAAGCCACUACAGAACUUUAUCAAUAUCUUUUACAGCCAUUCCGAGAUAUGAGAGAGCUGGCAAUGUUACGAAGGCAACAAAUAAAGAUUUCCAUAGAGAACGAUUAUUUAGGCCCUAGAAGAAUUGAGAGCCUGAAAAAAGAAGAUGCA